AGGAGUUGGAGGAGGAGGGAGAGAAUGAUCUUGGGGUGAGAGCUCCGGGUAAGGGAGGGGCUCCCAGGGUGCGCGGACCCUCCGGGUUUGGAGAGUGGGGUGGCCUGGAGGCCAGCCACAGUCCCUCCGGGAGGCCCAGCCAAGGAGAAGGACCAUGCAGGCCACAGCGGGCGCUGCGUCCUGCAAGUCGGCAGUGAAAGGAAUAUGAAGGGGAGAGAAACGAGGCCGGUGAGCGGCAUGGACACGGGAAAGCACGACUGCCCAAUGGGGACAUGUAUGAAGGGAAAUACGAACACGGUAAAAGACACGGCCAGGGGACCUACAAAUUUAAAAGCGGUGCUCGGUACAUCGGAGAAUAUGUUAGAAAUAAAAAACACGGUCAAGGCACUUUUAUCUAUCCAGAUGGAUCAAGAUAUGAAGGGGAGUGGGCGGACGACCUGCGGCACGGCCACGGCGUGUACUACUACAUCAACAACGACACCUACACCGGGGAGUGGUUUGCUCACCAAAGGCACGGGCAAGGCACCUACUUCUACGCGGAGACUGGCAGCAAGUAUGUGGGCACCUGGGUGAAUGGCCAGCAGGAGGGCGCGGCCGAGCUCAUCCACCUGAACCACAGGUACCAGGGCAAGUUCUUGAACAAAAAUCCCGUUGGCCCUGGAAAGUACGUGUUUGAUAUUGGAUGUGAACAGCACGGGGAAUAUCGCUUAACAGAUGUGGAAAGAGGAGACGAGGAGGAGGAGGAGGAGACCCUGGUAACUGUUGUUCCAAAAUGGAAAGCCACCAAAAUCACAGAGCUGGCCUUGUGGACCCCAACCCUCCCCCAGGAGCAGCCCACUGCGGAAGGACCGGGUCAGGAGGAGGCCUCGGGAGCUGAGGGUGGGGGUGAGCCGGCGGAGGAGGUCCAGCCUCUGACGGACGUGUCAGAGGGAGAGUUAGAUUCAUUGCAGCCAGGGGAGGAGGAGGGAGACGCCAGCAGGGAAGACAGAGAGGAAUUCCGCCAUGACAACUCCGACCAGGAAAAUGUGAAUUUUGAAGAAUAGGAAGGCAGACAGCCAGAACUGCUAGAUUAAGCUGAAGCAAGCCAGAAUGGCAGGAGAUUGAGUCACAGAGACGCUUCUGACACCAGGGUAGUUAUUGCUGAUCUAUCACUAAUCUUUCCUACUGAGGUGUUUGUUGAGAUGUUUUACAACUGCAAAUAAAUUUCCUGAUUAU